CCAGCACCAUUCUUAUUAGAAUACUAGCCGACGACAAUCGAUUGGCCUAUCCAAUUGGACUAACGCCUCUGUUGAUAUCGAGAAACUCUUUUAAUAUUGGGCAGCAGCGUCGUGUCGCGUCACACCUAUUUUUUUAGUCGGCGAGAGCAGCAGUAGCGUACCGCAUAGCCAUUGGAUUGAAUUUGCAGUUGGAUUGGAGCAGUGGCAGUGGCAGUUGCAGUUGCAGGAGCAGGAGCAGCCAGCUAGUAGCCAUCGGUCAGUGGCGGAAUCCGCAUCCAGAAUCCCAGAGAAUCCAGUGUCCCAGAGAACCCUGAAUCCCGGAAUCCCUUAAAUCAGCGGGUGCUGCAAUAAAACGGGGCAGCAACAAUAACAAUCGCGAUUCAACUACGCACCGAUUAACGACCGACCAACCCGCCCGUCCCCCGUCCUUGCCACCCCCCAGGCCCCGCCCCCUGCCCCCCGGACACCCGCACUUUUGGCACAAACACAGAGGCACAACAGCACACACACACACAUACACACACACAGACGAACACUUACACUCGGUCAAACACACACCAACAUACACACUUAUCAUCCGAGCGACAAAAAACCGACCGCAUUUAUCAUCCGUACAUCGCAAAUCGCACAUCGCACAUCGCAUUGUUUGCUAUUGUUGUCUGCUCCGUUUUUGCACGCGAAGGAGCAGACAAAGAGGACGCGCCGAGGAGGAGGAGUAGGAGGCGAACGAAGCGGAUGAGGAGCUAGAGGCCGAAGGAGGAAGGAGGAGGUCGACAAAGGAUCGGAGCCGAAGCUAGCGAGCAUCAUCACCAUCACUAUCAUCUAUGGGUCAAAAGGCGAGCACUCCGGCGACCAGUGGCCAACAGAGCCCACGCUCCAGGACAUUCUCGAGCAGCUCGACAGGUGCCGCCGACUCGGCCCUGCACCAGCAGCCCUCGUCGAAUCCCGGCCAGAAUCGCGGCGGCGGCAAUGAUUCCGCCGGCCAGGGAUUCAAUCUGCUGCGCACGCUGCCCGGCCUGCAGGUGUACCACAACCAGAACUCCACGUCCAUCGAUCGCCAGCGGGCGCGGAGUCUGAGCUCUGUGCCGGAUAUCCAGCAGCAGCAGUCGCAGCAGCAGCAGCAACAGGGCUCGAUCACCUCGUCCGGUAGCAGUCCGCACUCGCAUCCGCAUGCGGCGCAUGGACAUCCCGCCGUCGGGGUCUCCGUUUCCGUCUCGGGGAACGCCAAUGCGAACAGCAACAGCGGCUUCCCGGCAGCCGGGAACAACAAUGGAUCCGCCACUCAGUCCUACAUGCAGCAGAGGCGCACCCUAGGCGAUUCCAUAAGGGACAUGUCAAUGACCGGUGGCAAUAUCGCCGAGAGCAUCGCCCUGGCCGCUUCCGCCACAUCCGCCAAUGGGAUAGGCCGUGUCUACACGGCCACCUCGCUUCCAUCGCACAUUUGGUCCUUCAAUGGUAUCAAGUGCCCCGUUUGCAAUAAGUUUGUGUUGCCGGACGACAUUGAAUGCCAUUUAGUCAUGUGCCUAACGAAACCACGACUCUCAUAUAACGAGGACGUUUUGUCGGACGCCAAGGGCGAGUGCGUCAUCUGCCUUGAAGACCUGAGUCCGGGGGAUACCAUCGCUCGGCUGCCAUGUCUCUGCAUAUAUCACAAAGGAUGCAUCGACCGUUGGUUUGAGGUGAAUCGCUCCUGUCCCGAGCAUCCUGGAGAUUAGUAAUCCUCACCAGAGCUCGCCGAGUUGUUUGUGUGGUGCGUUAUGCAAGCGAGGAGGGGUAAUGGAGCAGGAAUGGAACUGGAACUGGCCAGCUGGACGCGGUGCGAAAGAGGGUAUAAUUUCUGGGUUGGGAUGGAGGUCCCAGGCCCAGUGACCAAAAACUGAGCACCUGUUCACCAUCGCGAUGAGCUGGAGCUUUGAACUAAAAAAGCGUAGAGCGUAGAGUAUAUAGGAUUGAGAUAGAGGAUGGGAGAGGCUAUGCCACAAAAUGCUGAUCUAUGAAGUGGGAUCGAGCCAUCGAUCAUUUGACCUACCGACCGACCGACCGAUCGACUGCUGAUGGAACCCAAACACACACAAAUCAAUUGAAACAAAUUAAUUUACAAUGCUAAACUGGCAACAUGAUAAUAUUAAUAACAAUAAUAAUAAUAAUAAUAAUAAAAGAAUGAUCUAAGUAACGAAAUCAACCAACCCACAAAAACUACAACAAGAAGCAACAACCAGAAGAUUUUGAUGACGGGAGGAGUGUAAAGCGAAGCAACCAACCAACCAACAAAAGAAUGUCAACCAAUGUGAUGUUAAAUUUUAUAUUUUGUACUAUGGAUAAUGAUGUAAUUGUAAUUGUAAUGUAUAUGUAUGUAUUUAUUAUUUUAAACAGGACUAAAAUAGGAUAAACACAAGCGUAAGGAGAACACACACACACACAUACACACACAAGAAAAUAACAAUAACAAAUACUAUUAAUAAUUAUGCUAAAUUAGAAACAAACGAAAAGCAAAGCAACCAAAAAGAAAACUUAAAAACUUAAAAAAUCAUCAAAUAAGAAUGAAAAGUAACGAAGAUAGAAAACGAUUUUCCCCCAUUUUCGGUGUAAUUUAAGAUUUGUUUAACAAUUCGCAAUCAACUCUCUUUGUGUUUAUCCAUUAGUUACGGCUAGUUAGUUUUUUAUAUACAUGUUUGUUAUCAACAUUUUGUUUGUGUUUUUGUUUAAACAAAAAAUAUUAAAUUUUAAAAUUGACAGAAAUCGAAUGAGAAAUAUUUGAAAUAUUCGCAACUAUUUGUAAUUUGUCAAUGUGAAGUUCUGGUCAAACGAAAGCUGAGGACAAAUCCGAUUGUAUUUUUUUUUUAUUUGUCGAAAGCUUCGAACCGGCCAUAUAUCCGAUAUCCGUUGACAUUGUAAGCCAUUUGUAAACGAUGAAGCGGCCGAGUAUCAGAAUCAUUUAUAUGAAAUGAUAUAAAUACUGCAUCGUUUACAAUGGGCAUGGGUCACGUGGAAGCUGUGCGUUUAUUAUCAUUACUGAUUAUUGUUUACCGACUAUUGUAUGUAAAUUUUACUACCCAUUAUGUUUACUAUCCUUGCUCAUCAAUACAUAUAUAUCCGGAUCGCAGCGAGGAUUGCGUCGAUGAUCCGCCAAAGUUUCCUUAGCAACCGGAGCAACAGCAGCGACGGCGGCAGCACGUAAGAACUAUUUUGUAAAUGUUAUACUUUAAUGUACUGUACAGAUAUACACCCCCCCAUACACCAUGCAUAUAUAGAACGUUGUAUAUGUAUAUUAUAUAUAUAUAUAUGAAUUGUAACUGUAUAACUAUAGCGUUGCAUUGAGCGAUUGAGGAUACAACUGAUUUCACUCCAAAAUAAAAGCGAUAAGCGUAACAUUUGAAUGCAAA